CUAACAGCGAUGCAGGAGUUAUUUUUCAAUAGGGUGUAGUUGAGGGAAUGCAAUGUUAAUAGCAUUGCGUGUCUUUAGUGUGCUUGAGCUUUACAGGCUUACACCAAGGGCGGGUCCCUGCCCCGAGUAGCUUACUGUCUAAAAUCUGAAGUGGGGUUGGGGCAGGGAGUGGAUGAAGGCGAGGGGAAAUGGAAGUCGUCUGCAUUCUGUUCAGUUACACAGCUUCUGGAUUUGCAGCCGUGUUCCUCUGUUGUUGUAAAAAUCAGAGUCUAGUGGCACCUUAAACGAAACCAGACGAAACAGACUACUUGUCCCUGAACACUUUUGUGCCAAUAAAUUUGGAAAUCUUUGAAGCGCCACUAGCUUUGCUCUUUGUUCUUGGAUUCAGUUUCAGUAGGAGACGAUCGGUACUGGCUUGUGCUCUUGGAAAAGCCCCAUCUCUACUCUACUGCUUCAGUUCUCCAAUCUCUGCGGCUGGACACUGUCUCAGGGAGGGGGGUGUCUUCGGGGUGGACAGCGAAGGGGGGGUGGAGGAUGCACCUGGUGGGGAAUUUUCUCCACCCCCUCUGUGAGUGAGCCUCUGCUAAGUGUGCCGCCCUCUAGGACCAGAGCAUGUGUGUCUUUCUUGAAGAAUUCCAGCUGGCCUGACUUCCUUUCGUUCUGGGCAACACGUGGUCCCAGGAGCUGCCCCCACCACUCUGUGGACUGGCACCACCAUUUCUGCCUCUUUCCUGCCUACUUUCCUUGCUGCAUGUGCCAAAUGCAUCUUCGUGGACCUAGCAGCCUUGUGCCAACGGGUUGUGGAUGGGCCUGGUGUUAGGAUGGUGCCUGCCUCCUUGUGACAGGGCCAGCCCACCCAUACAGGAAGACUGGAAGCUGCAGAGGGGCAGUGGACACCUGGGAUGGAGGACUCGGAACAUCGGUUGGUGCUGGGCAUGAACAUGGGUGAUGGGCGGCAGACACCUCCUGGGGAGCUGCGGACACCCACUGAAGAAGGGCAAGAGCAGAGGACACCUGUGCCUGAAGCCAUCUGUGAUGGUGGUGGGGAUGCCAAGACUUCUCAGAGGGCGGCGGAGGAAGAGGAGGAGCUUGACCCCCGAAUCCAAGAAGAGCUGGAGCAUCUCAAUCAAGCCAACGAAGAGAUCAACCGUGUAGAGCUACAACUGGAUGAAGCCCGGACCACAUAUCGGAGGAUUUUGUCAGAAUCUGCCAGGAAGCUCAAUGCUCAGGGCUCCCAGCUGGGCAACUGCAUUGAGAAAGCACGCCCCUAUUAUGAGGCCAGGCGCUUGGCCAAGGAGGCACAGCAGGAGACCCAGAAGGCUGCACUGCGGUACGAACGAGCGGUUAGCAUGCACAAUGCGGCCCGGGAGAUGGUUUUUGUGGCUGAGCAGGGUGUCAUGGCAGACAAGAAUCGGCUUGAUCCCACAUGGCAGGAGAUGCUGAACCAUGCUACAUGCAAGGUGAAUGAGGCCGAGGAGGAGCGGCUGCGCAGUGAGCGGGAGCACCAGCGCGUCACCCGGCUCUGCCAGCAGGCUGAGGCGAAGGUGCAGUCACUCCAGAAGUCCUUGAAGCGAGUCAUCGUGAAGAGCAAGCCCUACUUUGAGCUGAAAGCUCAGUUCAACCAAAUCCUUGAGGAGCACAAGGCUAGGGUGACCUCUCUGGAGCAACAGGUGGCCCAGGCCAAGAUGCGCUAUUCAGUGGCUUUGCGGAACCUGGAGCAGAUCAGCGAGCAGAUCCACGCCCGGCGGCUUCAGCGCCUGGUAGGACGGCGGGCUUCCCCAGUGGGUGCUGAGGCCAGCCCAGCCCUGCUGUACGGAGGGGUGGCCCUGCCCUCCGAGCCCGCCGCCUCUGCCGACACGCUCUCAGUACUCAGCUUCCAGACCAUCGCCUCCGACCUGCAGAAGUUUGACUCCGUUGAGCACCUGCUGGGGUUCUCUGAUGCGGCCAGCCUCAACAGCGAUGAGCUGGAGGAGCGGGAGCAGCGCCACGGUGGCCAACCCCACCCUUUCAAACACCACCGCAGCAUCAGCCUUUGACGUCCUCCCCCUUCCCGCGGCUGUCCUUUUAAAGUCCUUCCCUUCAGGGGAAUGGGGGAGAUGGUCAGUAUCAGGGGCACAACGAGUAGUUCCAGAGAGGAGGCAGCUCUGAGCGCACAGGCAAUGCCACUACUUUGACCUCCUCCAGCUAAAGUGCAGCCUGUGGGCGGAUUCCUCCCUCUGCGUGUAGCCUUUGGUGCAACCCAGGCUUCCUGUCACCAUGCUCAAUCAGCACAGUGGGACUCCUCCCGGCCCAGUUGCUAGGAGACUUUGGUGUUCUGGUCUCACUCUCUUUGACCCCCCCAGCUGCCCUUUCCCCCCAGCAUGCACCUGCUUCUUGGGAGCAUUGCAUGCUGGAAAUAACGUUGCACUCCUAUGCACUCAUCCUAGCUUGUUGGAUUAUUUGGAGACCAUCCCUUCCAGCUGCUGGCGAGUUGUAAGGGGGGAUGAAACCCGGGUGAGGAUGUGAGAGAAAAACCACAAUUGUUUUUACUUGAUUGUUUUGCGUUGGGUGAUGAGGAAAAUACAUGGUUUGCUCAGUGCUAGAGUACAGAGACUCCCCCACGUCUGCCUGUCACUUCAGUCGAGAGAACCUCCCCACCCUGCUGACAUUGAACUGCCACCCAAGGCUCUGCCUUGUGGCCUUUUUAAAUGGAACUCUGAUGCCCCCUAGAGGGCUCCUUGGCACACUACAGCAUAACCAGAGGCAUGCUAUUUCCCCUAUUUCGCCCAGGAAAGAGAUUACAUAGCAGUGGCUACCCCCCUCUCAAUAGCUUCUCCACUGUAGAGACAGCUUGUUUUGUGACAAUGCAAAAGUUAUCAAGAGACUGACAGCCUGAGACUGACAUUUAGCACUACUAGGAGAGAGGGUGUGUGUGCGUGUAGCAAGCGGCUCAUUGCACUGGGAUAGCCCUCACCUACCUUAUGCACUUGAUGCGUCCCAUUUGGCCCCAGUCAGAGGCUGAAGGCACCUGUGCCUCCAGGGGUGUAAUUUGCACUAAUAGGUGGCAAUAGGCGGGCCUGGCAGGUCCCCUAGUGAGUCAGUCUCUCUCUCGCUCCUCCUCUCUCUUCUCCCUGCCAUCUCACCAGCCUCUCUCUCUCUCUCCCACCCUCCUGGCCAUGGUGGCAGUUUCUGCCUCCAACAGGUUUGCUGGACCUUGGCUGUGAUGAGAACACUUCAUGUUCGAGGCAGCCUCAUAGCAACUCUGUGUGUGUUUGUAUGACCGGCUUCUGCUGUGUAUUUUAUUUAAAGUAAAGUUUAUGCCCUAUGAUA